CCGGAGUCGUGUGAAAUAUAAAAUUGUACGUCGAGAGGUCGGAAGUGCUUCCAGCCAAAACACUUCCACCUACCACCAUGCUCACCACCCGUGGUGCUGUCGCUCGUCUCUCUAGGAGAGCUGCCAGCUCUGCCACCAAAACUAAUGCCUUCCUCUCUACCGCUGCCGUUGCUCAGCGUGUGCACCUUCCCUCUUCUUCCGUUUCUCAUGGGCCGUCGUCUCGUCCUCAACGCGUCGCCGCAAGUACCCACCGCACCUAUGCUACAGAGGCGAAAGGCGCUGUUGGUUCGGUGAAAACCGUCAUUGGUGCCGUUGUUGAUGUUCAGUUUGAAACCGAAAACCUUCCCCCCAUCCUCAACGCUCUCGAGGUUCAAGACUUCCAUGGUGGCCGUCUCGUUCUUGAGGUCGCCUCCCACUUGGGCGAGAACUCUGUCCGCACCAUUGCAAUGGACGGUACCGAGGGUUUGGUUCGAGGACAGAAAGUUGUUGAUACUGGCUCUCCUAUCAUGGUUCCUGUUGGGGCCGGUACUCUUGGGCGUAUCAUGAACGUCAUCGGUGAACCCAUCGACGAACGGGGUCCCAUCAAGGGUGUGAAGCUCUGUGCUAUUCAUGCCGACCCCCCCCCAUUCGUGGAGCAGUCUACCACAGCAGAGGUCCUUGAGACCGGCAUAAAGGUCGUCGACCUGCUCGCUCCCUACGCUCGUGGUGGAAAGAUUGGUCUGUUCGGUGGUGCUGGUGUCGGCAAGACUGUGUUGAUUCAGGAACUGAUUAAUAACGUCGCUAAGGCUCAUGGUGGCUUCUCUAUCUUCUGUGGCGUCGGUGAACGUACUCGUGAGGGCAACGAUCUCUAUCAUGAAAUGAUCGAGACCGGCGUCAUCAACCUUGAGGGCGAUUCCAAAGUUGCUCUUGUUUUCGGUCAAAUGAACGAACCUCCGGGUGCGCGUGCUCGUGUCGCUCUCACGGGUCUCACUAUCGCGGAAUACUUCCGUGACGAAGAAGGCCAGGACGUCUUGUUGUUUAUUGACAACAUUUUCCGUUUCACACAGGCAGGUUCCGAGGUGUCUGCACUGCUUGGUCGUAUUCCUUCUGCUGUCGGUUAUCAACCUACAUUGUCCACGGAUAUGGGUGGCAUGCAAGAGCGUAUUACCACCACCAAGAAAGGCUCCAUCACUUCUGUUCAAGCCGUCUACGUUCCUGCCGAUGAUUUAACUGAUCCUGCUCCGGCUACCACCUUUGCACACUUGGACGCUACCACCGUGCUGUCCCGUGGUAUUGCUGAGCUCGGUAUCUACCCCGCCGUCGACCCGCUUGAUUCCAAGUCGCGUAUGUUGGACCCUCGUAUAGUUGGGCAAGAACACUACGAUGUCGCGACUGCUACGCAGAAGAUUCUCCAAGACUACAAAUCGCUACAGGAUAUCAUUGCUAUCCUCGGUAUGGAUGAAUUGUCGGAAGAGGACAAACUCACCGUUGAGCGUGCACGAAAGAUUCAACGUUUCAUGUCUCAACCUUUCCAAGUCGCGCAGGUCUUCACUGGUUACGAAGGCAAACUCGUUCCUCUGAAGGAUACGGUUCGUUCCUUCAAGGAGAUCUUGAGCGGUGCACAUGACUCGUUGCCGGAAUCUGCUUUCUACAUGGCGGGCACCAUCGAGGAUGUCAAAGCCAAGGCUGAGCAACUCGCGAAGGAGAUGGGUAACUAGACAGGAUUCAUAAAAAUAGGAUUUUUUAAAAAAUAAUUCAGACUUUUUUUCUCCAACGUGAGGCACGUUUCGAAUGUUAGACGAUGGUGCGAGAGCAGAUAUCUCAAUUUCAAAGAAACAAUCAGAGAUGCAGCUAGGAUGGCCGAG